UGUAGGGCUGAGAUUGACGAAAUACCAAGGAUUUGAGGCUGUGCCAUGCUGUGCCGCUGGAGCUAACCGUUCAGACCUGAAACCCCCUGGAAGUGAUUCGUCAUCUGGUUGGCUGGCGAGUCCAGAUAUAGAUAUAAGCAGCCACAUUUUAUGCAACCCGAUAGCAAGGCGAGGCCUAUUGUACGCUGUAAGUCCUACCUAGAACCAAACCCACAGCGAUGAUCGUUCUCUCAACUUAUGGCUAACAAGCAUCAUCCGAAAUCAAAGAAUUACUGCUACGAGACCUAUAUUCAUUCACUCCAAGGUUAAAGAGUAUGCCGGGCCGACCGGUUUAUGAACCCAUAGGGCCGGAAGCCAUACGCUUGCUAUUAAUUGCACCCGGUUUUGCAUCCGAGACAAUCAAUUGCACUCUUAUCGUCAUCGAGGAUAGGAAUAAUGCACCGGAAUAUGAUGCGAUCUCUUAUGUGUGGGGUACGGAACUAUCCGACGAGCCCAUUAUGUGCAAUGGACACAGGAUGACGGUCACAAAAAACUUGGCCAAAGCGAUGAGAUAUCUUCGUCCGCUCCCGAACUGGGAUUCAGUGAUCACUUGGUCAAAAGAUCAUCAACUCCACUCGAGUCAUAAUGCCUGGGGUUCGUUUGCCACCAAUCGGCAAGAAGAGAAAGAGAAAUCUGUCUCUCAACAAGAAAGACCCAUUUGGAUUGACGCUCUCUGUAUCAAUCAAGAGGACAUGGCUGAGAAAGAGAACCAGGUGAAGCGAAUGCAUGAGACCUUUGCAGACGCUGUCACGGUGAAGAUAUGGCUGGGCGAAGCAAAUGACUCCUAUAGAGCUGACUCCUUACGGCUAGAAGCAUUGAAACCGAAGGGGAUACCUACACUUAGACAACAAAUUCACAUCGGACAGUACGGAAGUACGCCAGUCGUUCUCGCAUUCAUCGCGCAGGCAUUGAGAAACGUCCAUGUUGGCAGGGAUUAUCCCACAGCAUCGAAAGCUGAUACGAAUACGGCAUACCGAAAUCUCGUACAUGGUUUUCCUAAAUCAGACGCUGUCGAAUGGGAAUUCCUCCGCGAUUUUUUCGAUAACCCAUGGUUUGAGCGCAUCUGGGUCGUCCAAGAGGUCGUUCACGCCAAGCGAGCCGUAGCUAUUCUGGGGGACUGGCAAAUCGAGUGGGAGGCCUUAGGGCAAGCUGCAACAUGGUUCCAAGCGCAUGGCUUCGCCUUACCCUCGGACGUCCAGUUUAACGGAGACAAGAAAGAUCUUCUGCCAGUUUCCAAGAUUUCCGCCAUGUGGCACAUAACGGGAAAUAGACGCCCAUUACUUCGAAUACUGCGAGAGCUUCGAGGACGAAAAGCGACGCUCAAAGUAGACAAAGUAUAUGCGGCCUAUAGUUUAGCAGAAGAGACCAUCUGUAUUUGGGAGAAUAAUCAACAGUUUGAUCCGUUGAUCGAACCAACCUACGAUCCAAAGAGGGUUGACGAGGUAUACCCCAAUGUGAUACGCUUCCUGGUAAUAUAUCAUGGGGAUCUCGCAGCAUUAUCCCACGCAGGCGGGAUCCAAGGCGUGAAAACAUCUGGCUGUCCGUCGUGGGUACCCGAUUGGAAUCAAUCGAAGAUAUCUACCGAAUUCGUCAAUGAUAACCGAGACGAGUCUCCUUAUAAUGCCAGUGGUAAUGAGCACCUGUUUAUGGGAGACUCUAUAGACCCAGCAUGCCUUUCUGUGAGAGGUAUUAAAGUUUCCGAUGGCUCAAUAAGAGCGUACGGGGAUAAACUUAUAAGCUAUGGGUUCCGGCACACAUCUUAUAAAGAAGAGCACGAUUUCGUAAAAUCGGCAUGGAAUCUGGUAGCACACCUAGCCAAGAGAGGCGAUGCAUCGGGAGACUUGAAUAUGUACCAUCCGGAGAAUAUACCUCAUACUUUCGUCUCGACACUCAGUGCAGGUCUUACUGAAACAAGACAGCUAGUCGACGAGGACUCAAAUUUCCUUGACGAUGCGGCGGACUGGCUGCUUCAGCAGUUCGGAGGCCAAAUCCCAGUUUCAGGGGUUAGCAAAAAAUGGAGAUUACCAGGUGCCAUAUGGAACUAUUCGAGCUCAGGCCGGUUCCGCGAGGCUUUCACACGGGCUUGUUUGCAUAGACGUUUUUUCGUCACGGCGGGAAAUUUAAUGGGAAUAGGUCCCGAAACGAUGGAAAGAAAUGAUAUAAUAGUUAUCCUAUUUGGUGGGAAGGUCCCAUAUGUUGUACGGGAGCUCGGCGAGGGCAAGUAUUCGUUCAUCGGGGAGUGUUACGUGCCGGGCUUGAUGACCGGGGAAGCAGUCGAGCAAUGGAAGAAGAGUGGGCGCAUAGCCGAAUUCUUCAACCUUGUGUAGCGUUUGUUCUGGGGUUGGAACAUGUGUGCUCGAUGUCCCCGCUCUUCGUAUUCGUUCAAGUACGUUUUCCAGGCUCUCCGGAUCCCAUGAAUUGGGGUAUCGUAUCCCCGAGAACGGUAAUUUUCGCCGCCCUUAGGUACUUGCUCAUCACUCAAUACCCCAGGUUAAGGGGCCGCUUUUAUUCUUGUCGCUAUGACAGAUGGGGAUCGUUCAUAGAAGAACUAUGGACCGCGAGCUCUCCGAUACGGAGAUACGUAGGGUCUUAAAGAUGUCCAGGUGGUCACAGGGACGGACCGUUCAAAUCCACAUGAUGUACUUUGGGGAGACUCUAAUUAGAACUCCGAAUCUCCGCAUUAUGACGACUUACCGAGAGUGACUAAAAGAUCUCCAAGACGGCAAGAUUUAUCGUACGCCACAAAUGGAAGGAUAGUCCGGAACGUUCGGUCUCGACCUUGUCAAUUGAUCUCUCUGACAUCUAUGCAUUGGAUCCAUGGGUACUGGUGGCACAGAAGAGCUGGAUUAAUAGGAUUAUGUGCAGAAUAAGUACAGAAUAGAAUCGGGUAGACACCGCACCGGCAAGUUUCCGUACCUUAUCAAAUGCAAGCAGAUAAGCAAAUAAAUGCCAAGAAAUGUGUUACCUGGA